CGCAUCAGGCAUUCGAGCCUCAUCCAGUGCGCGCAUCUUCAUCCACCAAACCUCCUCAAAACAUCCAACCACUACAAAGGCUUCACACCCACCGCCGAGGGCCAGCUGCGUCCAUUCAAGCUCACUGCAGUCAAAGCUGAAGUUGUCAUCCUCCGGGCUCACUCGACACAACAAUGGCUUCGUCUCAGGCGAGCACCUCGCGCAAUGUCGCCAUUGGUUCUUCUUCACCGCCACUGGACAGUGCAGAGGCAACGCUGGCAAGGACGCUGGCCAGCGACGUAUCCCUCGCAGAAGCCAAAGCGCAAGGGCAAUCUGUAGGCGUAGAUGACGCAGUCAUCGGCACCGCAUCCGCGUCCGCGUCCGCACCCGCAUCCUCCCUCGCACAAUCCUUCGACUCUUUGGAUCUCUCUCCUCAAACGCUCAAAGCUCUCACAGCCAUGGGUCUCAGCAAACCUACCGAAGUCCAAGCGCGCUGCAUUCCUCCACUCUUGGCAGCCAAAGAUGUGCUCGGUGCAGCUCAGACAGGCUCCGGCAAGACUUUGGCUUUUCUCAUUCCCUCCAUCGAGAUGCUCGCUCGUCUGCGAUUCAAGCCUCGCAAUGGCACGGGCGCAGUGGUCAUUUCCCCCACCAGGGAGCUGGCUCUGCAGAUAUUCGGCGUAGCAAAGGAGUUGAUGAGCAUUGCCGGAUACUCUCAAACGAUAGGCAUCAUCAUGGGUGGGGCAAAUAGGAAAGCGGAGGCGGACAAGCUGAUGAAGGGCGUCAAUCUCAUUAUCGCUACCCCUGGGCGAUUGCUGGACCAUUUGCAAAACACCAAAGGCUUCGUCUUCUCGAACCUCAAGGCGCUUUGUAUCGACGAGGCGGACAGGAUUUUGGAGAUUGGUUUCGAGGAUGAAAUGAGGCAAAUCAUCAAGCUGUUGCCCAAUGAAAAUCGCCAAACGAUGCUAUUUUCUGCGACGCAGACGACCAAAGUUCAAGAUCUAGCGCGCAUAUCGCUCAGGCCUGGACCGCUCUACAUCAAUGUACACGCAGAUCUGAGGGCUUCCACAGUGGAGAGGUUAGAGCAAGGCUACGUGGUCUGCGACUCUCACAUGCGCUUCCUGCUGCUCUUCACUUUUCUGAAGCGCCACCGGGACAAAAAGAUCAUCGUGUUCAUGAGCAGUUGCAACAGCGUCAAGUACCAUGCCGAGCUGCUCAACUACAUCGACAUCGCUGUACUGGAUCUUCAUGGCAAGCAGAAGCAGCAAAAGCGAACGUCCACCUUUUUCGAAUUCUGCAAUGCUCCCAGAGGAGUGCUGCUGUGCACGGAUGUAGCUGCUAGAGGGCUGGACAUACCCAAAGUGGACUGGAUCAUUCAGUUCGAUCCACCCGAUGAUCCGAGGGACUACAUCCAUCGAGUCGGUCGAACAGCGAGAGCUGGAAAGGAUGGCAAAAGUCUGCUCUUCCUCUUGCCGUCGGAGCUGGGCUUCUUGCGAUUUCUGAAAGUGGCAAAGGUGCCCCUGAACGAGUAUUCCUUCCCCCCUAGCAAGAUCGCAAAUGUUCAGGGUCAAUUGGAAAAGCUCAUCUCCAAAAAUUACUAUCUGAACCAAUCCGCGCGUGACGGCUACCGGUCAUACUUGCAAGCGUACGGCUCAUACUCGCUCAAGAGAAUCUUCAACAUUCACGAGCUGGACCUUGCCAAAGUGGCUCGCGCAUUCGGGUUUUCCGUCCCUCCCAAGGUGAAUCUGGCCAUUGGAGCUGGGCUCAAAGGUGCCCCCAGCGGUGCUGGAGGCAAGAAGAGGAGAGCGGGAGAUGAGAUCGAUGUGGAUGAGGAUCAGGAGUUGGAGGAGCAAGAAGAGGAGGGGCAAGAUGCGAAAGGGGCGCUGGCGCCGGAAGAGGAGGACGUGCAGAUGCAAGGUAGCAGAGCGAGGGAGAAGCAGAGCGAUAGGAGGAGCUACAAGAAGGCUUCGUCCACUAGCAAAAGGCAGCGAUUUGGCAACGGUGGGAAGAAGGCCGGCCAGUGGAGUCGAUAGACAUGCUUCAUCUUUCAUGGGUUUGCGUUGCUUGGUGUCACCGACUUCGAUCAUGUGCAAAGCAAAUGAGCGUCUUUUCAUUGGCCCAGAUUUCCACUGGCGCUACUGAUUUGAUCUAUAUAAAACAAGAGGAACGACGAAAAGCUCGGGACGGGCAAAGAGUGUUCGUUUUGCAGUUGGAACAAGAGUGUAGGAGCGCCGAGGCAGCACGAAGAAAGAUCACGGCGCAUCCUCAUCGUCGGUGUGAGCGAGCUCUUUUUGUCUGCCGCUCAGAGCUCUGACUACGCCUCUUUGAAUUUUGAGUUCUUUGCGCCUCUUCAUUGCGGCCACGGCAGCGGCAGAUUCAUCAUCAAGGCCAGUCGUCUUGGACUGCCAUUUGUAUUUUGCGCU